AGCCCAAUGUGCCGAAGGGCCAAGCCGUGUAACUGUGUAAAGAUCAACAAGGCGAGAUAUAAUCCGGCCUGAACUCGCUCUAACCCUAAUUUCUUUCAUAGACCCUGAAUAAAUUCUUCUCCUCUUCUCGCCGAUCCUUCGCGAGCCAGAACCGAAAGAGGCAGUGAGAGUUUGGAGGGGAAGAGCAAAAAUGGAAGAAGUAAUGGAAGUCGCCGCUCAGAUUCCUCAGGAACAGACCCCUCAAACUGGCAUCUUGCUGUUCAAUCGCUGGACCUACGAUGAUGUUCAGGUUAGCGAUAUAUCGGUGGAAGACUAUAUAACUGCUACUGCUUCCAAGCAUCCCACAUAUACCCCACACACUGCUGGUAGGUAUCAAGCAAAGAGGUUUAGGAAGGCACAGUGCCCUAUUGUGGAGAGGCUGGUGAACUCUUUGAUGAUGCACGGAAGGAACAAUGGAAAGAAGCUAAUGGCCGUCCGCAUUGUCAAGCAUGCGAUGGAAAUCAUCCAUUUGCUUACUGAUGCUAACCCAAUUCAAAUCAUUGUGGAUGCUGUCAUCAACAGUGGCCCAAGGGAAGAUGCUACCCGUAUUGGAUCUGCUGGUGUUGUAAGGCGCCAGGCUGUUGAUAUUUCUCCUCUCCGCCGUGUCAACCAGGCUAUAUAUCUGCUCACAUCAGGUGCUCGCCAAAGUGCCUUCCGCAACAUUAAAACAAUUGCGGAGUGCCUUGCUGAUGAGCUCAUCAAUGCUGCCAAGGGCUCUUCUAACAGUUAUGCGAUCAAGAAGAAGGAUGAGAUUGAGAGAGUUGCUAAGGCCAACCGUUAAGCGGUGGUCCUCCUUGUGGGAUGUUUUUGCUAGUUUUAUGUUAUGAAGAUAUUGGUUCCUUGUUGAGGAUUGUUGUUAUUAUGUUCUUGUUUUGAAAUCUUGUUGGGAGUUUUUCCAUGUAUCAGCAUUAUCUAUAACUUUUGAUAGAAGGUUUUCGAGUUUACUUUUAACCUUUGCCAAUUGAAUUUGGGUCUUUGCUAUUUGGUUAUUU